GCGCCCCUUACUGCUGCUCGUGAAGAGAUGCUGCUGCUGAUCAGAGGUGUUCGCGCGCGUUACGGCUGGCGCUCGCUGAUAUUUACACCCAUUCACUGCAUUAUAGAAAAACUGUGAACCGCUGCUGCUGGUUAGGAAAUGGACUUUCAAAAUGGAUUAAUGUUUCUCUGCGGUGAUACGUCUCAAGCUCUAAAUUUGCAACGCCAUAAGAUGAUACUCCUGACUCUGUGGAAAGGAUUUAAACAGUCAUUUUACUGAGGAGAAUUUUUAUGACUUGCGGUUUUCCACAAUUUACCCACAUGCCAGAAAUGCCCCCUUCUGUUAAAUGGUGCAUAAGGUUGGCUGUUUGCUUGUCCUUUGUUCUGGCACUUACCCCCAGGACCAAAGGAUCAUCACUGAAUUGUCACAAAAUGUGCAUAUGUGCCAGUAACAUUGUUAGCUGUUCCAAGAUGAACCUGACAACAAUCCCGUCCGACCUGCCAAACUAUACAGCUGUGCUCGAUCUUAGCUUUAAUGGUAUAAUUGGACUUCGUGCACAAUGGACCAAGCAGAAACUCCCCAAUCUCCACAGCCUUUUACUAAGCCACAAUGGUUUGAAUUUCCUCUCUUCAGAGGCUUUCAUUUUUGUAAAGCAGCUGCGCUACCUGGAUCUGUCGUCCAAUAACCUGCGACAGCUGGACGAGUUCAUCUUUGAGCCCCUGAUACAUCUGGAAGUUUUGCUGCUCUACAACAACCAUAUCUCGCAGAUCGACCGCACUGCCUUCUUGGGCCUCGCCAGCCUGCAGAAGCUCUACCUGAGCCAGAACCAGGUGUCUCGCUUCCCUCUGGAGCUGGUAAAGGACAAGUCCCGACUGGAGAAGCUGAGUCUGUUGGACUUGUCUUCCAAUCGGAUCAAAGUUCUCCCCAUUCAAGAUCUGCAAGGCCUGCCGGCCUGGAUCAAGAAUGGGAUGUAUUUCCACAACAACACACUCAUCUGUGAUUGCGAGUUGUAUAGUAUGAUGGCUCACUGGUAUAUCCGGCGGCUCAAUUCAGCUCUGGACUUUAAGGAUGACCACACCUGUGUGCAUCCUGGCCCAGAAAAGCGAGUGCUCCGUGUGUAUGAUCUGAACACUCAUAUGAACUGCAGCACUUUUCAAGAAACAGAUGAAGAGGCUUAUUUGGAGAAGACACUUAUGCUCCGCUGUGACACCAGACAUCGGGACAUGUCCAAGACCUGGAUGCUACCUGGCAAUGUAAUGGUGUCCCCUGGCAAUAACAAGAGUGCUGUGGUCCUCCCAGAUGGUAGGCUUGAGAUCAAAUCGAUUACACCUGAGGACUCAGGUGUGUACACUUGCUUUGCUGUGAGUGAAUACCUCAAUGAAACACUCUAUGUGGUUGUGAAGGUCCACAACUUCACCAUUAGUGGCAAUAGCGAGUCCCUCAACACAGCUUACACCACUUUGGUGGGCUGCUUGGCUAGCGUGGUCCUGGUCCUUAUCUAUCUGUUCCUGACACCUUGCCGUUGCUUCUGCUGUCCCGAGCAGGGUAAAUCAAAGACUCCCCAUGAAGACAGCAUCCAUUCCUCCAUGCUCAGUGCCACGCCAACUCACGAGGAUAUGGCAAUAAAAGCAGGGCUCAACAGGCAUGUGGCUUUCAUAGACCCUAAGGACCUGCGGGGGCAGAAUGGCAAGGUGAAUCCAAAUGGAGAUGACGAUCUUGAUGAGGAAGCCAUGCAGGGAAAAGGAAAGAGGAAGAAAUCAGUGGCAGACUCGAUUAGUUCAGUAUUUUCUGAUACUCCUAUUGUGGUCUGAGGAAAGGCUGUUAGACAUCGCCAUCUUUGAUGGAUGUUUAUUUUGAGAAAUUUGGCUGGAGACAAUACAUUGAUGUGGCUUUCUUGGACAAAGAGACACAGAAGUUUGCCAUCCUCAGUGUGGCUGUAUCUGCAAAUCCUUUCCAGCAUUUUGAUCUGUAGCACUUAAAUAUAUACUGUGAAAAGGUCUUGCCAUAUUAGUGGACUCUAAACUUGGAGUGUUUAGAUGUUCCUGUGAGUUUAAACCCACUACAUGUGACUAGAGGUAGUCUGGGUAAACAACAAAUGUGUUUUCUCAAUGAUCAGGGUGAAGAACUAGGGAGCUAGGUUUCUAAUUAAGAAACAUUUGAACAUUUAUCCAUCCAGUAUAUAAUCAAGUCAUAAGCAUGAGCUUUGCAGACUGCUAAUGUUAAGGAGAAUAUAGAAUAUUAGAAUGAAUCCUUUGUAGCUAAUAGAUUAUAUUUACCACCUUUAAUGCUAACCAACCAACAUUAUCACUUUAUGUAAAGCCAGAUCCAAUUGGUCAUUGCAGUAGGAGUGAAAAGCACUAUUGAAUAGACAUUAGGUGAAUAAACAGGUUCUACCUUAAAUGUAUUGGUUUCUAUGGAAGAUCAGGUAGGUGUGUUGAAGGAGAAAGUCAAACAGUGAGUAUACUGUGAGUUUACUUUCAAACCUGUUCACUCACAGUAUACUUGUUUUAAAUAUACCAUAAAUAAAUAUACCAUAAAUAAAUAAAAAUAAAUAUACCAUUCAAUAAUUAAAAAAUAUAUAUUUACCAAAUUUUUAUAAAAGUAUGAUAGAAGUCUACAAAAAUGUUUUAUUCUUUUGACUCUGCCAGAUAUACAGUAUGGAAAAUGUUGGCUCUUUGAAUCUAGACUCAUUGAUGCCAGCACUAAUCUUUGAAUUAAAUGUUGGAUAACAUUCACAAUUUCAUAAGAAUAUGGAGUUCUUUCUAUAUGAAACUAAGUAAAUACAUACUUACAGCCAAUAAUUUGUAGUUUUAAUGGGAACUCUUCUCAUAAAAAAAUUAUAAUCUGCACAUUUACAGCUUUUUGAGCUCAUCUGUCAUGACUACCAGAGUGUGAAAUAUUACCAAAAUGCUAAUGACAUCUUUUAAUAGAAUGAGGUGUCCAUCUGCCUGUGUUCUCUUCUCUUAAGCUGAGAUGGUUUCAGCCUGGAUUCAAAAGCCAAAACUGUUUCUGACACAAGUCUGCUCAGACAUCUUCUCACUUUGCAUUCAUUUGCACUUGUGCUGGUUGGAGUCAGUGCUGACUCAUCCAUUGUCAGAAUGGAUAUAAUUUUUCUUGAGCCCCUGGAGCGCCAAUGUAAUCUUCAUCAGAAGAAAAGCCAAAGGCGGAGGGAAUUAUAUUGCAUUUAGUUUGAACCAUUCUUGAUUAGUUGGAUACAUUUUCUGAAUAAAUUAAAAUUAAGGUUGAACUCAGGUCAAAGUGUGUUUACCCGACUAUUUUAACAAAUGUCAAAUGUGGUGAUUAGUUGAUCUGAAUUUUAUGUUGAUGUAUUCUAAAUUAUUACUAGAGGCAAACUGCUGCGAUUUCACAAAGAUCAGUAUUUUAUUUGCUUCAACGAUAACAUAGGAACUAAAGGACAAUGUUGUGACUCAUAAUGAAACUGCAUAAAGCUUGAUGGUGCUGAAGGGAGGUGUGACACCCAUUAGAUCCACCCCACUUCCUGUGUUGUCAUACUUAAAAAAAAAAAAAACACACAGGAUAGUUCGUAGAUAUAUUUCAACCAGGCCCAUUAUGAUACCAAACCUUUUUGUCCCAGAGGAGUUCUCAGAUAGAGGCCAGGAAUUAGUUAUUUUAGAACACCAAAAGACCAGGAUGUAGUCAAAUAUGGACAGUGAUGUCAUAAGGCUAAUUCACACUGGCCCAACAAACACAGAUGUGGGGUUUUGUUAGAUCAGUGUGUUAACCCUUUCGGCAUUUGUUGGAGGAAUGUGAAAAUGACAGUUGUUUCCCAGCAUUCUAAAAACAACGGCCAACAUUAAGAAAUAGAAAACUGAUUCGUGUGGACAUGGCUUUAUAACAUCUGUUCUCAAACUCUAAAUUCUUAGGCCACGUCCACACAAACACAUUUGUGCUGUUUAUGCCUCUCCAUCAAACUAGAACUAUGUUUCCUCCACUGAAAACUGAGAAUUUCGAGAAAAUGCUCUCUAUUACUGUAUACUUUAGAAAACAAUGACGUUAGGAAACAGAUGAAAACAAAAAUGGCUUAUUGUGUUCGUGGCCUUAGAAUCUGAGAAUGCUCAUUUCCAUUUAAUUUGUUCUUGGAAACAAAUCACACAUAUUUGUGCAAUCAUGCGUUAACCAUAACCAUACUGUAUAUUUAUCAAAGGGUCUGGUUUGGUGCAAUAGGAACCAUCUUAAUUUCCCCAGACCUCUUUCCUACGUUACAUUGUAAUUACAUCCUAUUUGAUGAGUGGUUGAAGCUAUUAAAUGGUUGAUAGGUGGAUGAACUCACAAACAGUAUUAUCUCAGGGAGUGGGAAUAACACAUAAUAGCAGCUAUGGCAGACUGCAGUCAUGCACUGGGCAGUUACGGUCUCUUACACAUCUCUCCAGCUGCAAUCCAAAAUUAGUGUGGAGGGGAAAGCCUUACCAUCACAAGCCCUGUGGGAGGAGGCCAGCGAUCACAGAGAUCCUUCUAGCAUGAGAUUGAACAGCCAAGUGCUCCCCCUAAACUACAUCCAGCAACUUUUCGCCUCUUCUGUGUGUUCUUCUGAAAUGUGUGUCAUUGGCUGUUUUGCUACGAGCAGAGUUCUUAUGAAAGUCCACUGUUCAUUACUCAGCAUUUGACAGUACAUUUGUGAUUUUGUAUGUGCAUUGUUUGUUUUGACAGUGUUUAUGAUAUUGUGUCAUUUGAGGUAGCUUUUUUCCCCUUGAGGUUCCAAAGAGGCUGAAUUUCUUGUUCUUCUGUGUAGUGUUGUUCCUAUACAUUUUUCUAGGUUCCAGUUGUGACUAUAAGAUAUUGGUAAACCUAUUUUAAAGGCACUUGACUGUAAAGGUCUUUUCUGUCAUGUAGUAUUUUAAAGUCUAUUUGGUCACAAUUUGUCUAUUAUUUGUUGUUAUUUAGGCACAUAAUGGUAAAUUUUAAGUCAGUAAAUUAAAAUCUCACAGUGAUUGUAUCUACUGAAGUACCAAAACUCUGUUACAUUGAUUAGAAUGGAAAAUGUUAUAUUUCACAUAUGGAAAACAUUAGAACAGCCCUAUAAUAGUAUAUUUGUUCAUUGUGUUUAAAAAUCAGUUGGUACUAGAGACUAGAUCAGGUCCUUUGCUUAUGAACUCUUAAAAUGCUAGAUUGUCAGCAGAAUUCAAAAUGUGAUUAUAUAAAAAACAGGUUAUCCAUGGUUAGUUUUGAGACAGUGCCAAUGAUCUAUAUUGAAGUACUUAACAUCCAGAAUUAUACAGUCUUAUCCCUUACACAAAACAGAGAACUAAACCAACAUAAAUCUAACAGAAUCACAGUAAUGUAGACAUCUGUACAAACAGUGUUGGGCAAUUACUUAUAAAUAGUAAUUCACUACAACUUAAUUAAUUCUCUAAAAUUGUAAUCAGAUAACUUUACUAGUUACUAAAAUUAAAAAGUAAUUUCAUUACUAAUUACUAUUAAAUGACUUUCUAAAACAAUUUUCAGCUCAACAAAUUCAAAAUAAAGUCUAUAUUUCUUUCUAGUUCAUUGUUACUAGUCCUAAACUCAGCAUCUCACAUUUCUGCUUCACUAUGACUCAUUACAGGGUCAUAAUUAAUGUAUUCUACAUUAAAAUAUAUUACAAACAAGCAUAACCCUAUAAUGUACUUAAAAGUAAUUAAAUUAAUUGAAAGUCAGUAACUGUAAUCUGAUUAUAAUCAUUUAAAAAUAUAAUGAAUUACUCUUUUGACUAAAAAGUAUUUAGAUUACAGUAGCUAAUUACUUUGUGAUUGAUUACAAUCAACACUAUACUAUAGAUUACUAUAGCUAAUUACUUUGUGAUUGGAUUACACCCAACACUAUACAAAUACAAAUUUUAGUUUAGUUAUACCAAGUGUCCUGAUAUUCUUGCUACAUAUUGCCAAUAAACUGUUGAAUCUUAAAUAGUUUGAGAGUAAAGGUUUCAGGGUGUUAAAAUGUAUAACUUGUGUCUCUGAGAGUGAAGUACAAUAUAGAGGCAAUGUUUAUCAGGUCCACUAUUAUGAGUAGAGGCCUUGCUGUAAAAGCUUAUUUAGUCUGAAUGUCAAAAAGGAGACUGAUGAGUGUUUGGUGGCGCAUAAUCUUGGGCCUGUUCAUAUAAUGUGUACUACAGUGAAAGGAUUGCUUUGGAUAACCCUGAAAUAGAUUUGAGAUCAGUAGUCCUCCCCCAUAUGUAUUCUCCAUCAAUAAUAU